UGGGCGACACGCGUGGAAAAAGUAGUCUUACGGAAAGCUUUGCCCGAGUGUUUCAAUGAAGAGGUGGGCAGAUGAGACGUCGGUGUGCGCUCGAUUCUCUCCAACUGACGAGACGUUAGGAGUAAACCAUGCAUAACACGACCCGUCGCCGCGAUCUCCAUUGAUGCAACCUCCACAAAGGAGGGACACGGCUGGCGUGCCUAUUGUGGGGGUUCGCGUUUAAGUCUGUUGUUCGCGUGUAAACUAAAGCAAGUCUCCCAGCAUUCUGAAGACAUGAACAUGUACGCGGUGCCCAGCCCAGGAAUACCAGGGUGUCCGCCAGGAUUAGAGUACCUGACAACUGUGGAUCAGCUCCUCAUCAAACAGAAGGUUGAGGUUGUUGAAGCCCUAGUCGGUUUUGAAAGCAAUAACAAGUAUGAGGUGCGAAACGCCAUGGGUCAGAAUGUGUUCUACGCCGUCGAGGAGAAUGACUGUCUGAGCCGGCAGUGCUGCGGCCCCCUGCGGCCCUUUAACAUCCAUGUCCUUGACAACUUUGGCCAGGAGAUCAUCAGCGUCACCAGGCCGCUGAAGUGCAUGUCUUGCUUCUUCCCAUGCUGUUUACAAGAACUGGAGGUGCAGGCUCCGCCCGGUAACACAGUGGGCUACGUGAUUCAGCAGUGGCAUCCAUUGUCUCCUAAAUUUAUCGUAGCAAAUGAACACAAUGAACCUGUACUGAAGAUCCAUGGGCCCUUCUGUGGCUGGAGCUGCCUUCCUGAUGUUGACUUCGAGAUUUUGACAAUGGACGAAGUCAGCAAGAUUGGAAAAAUCAGCAAACAGUGGACAGGACUGCUACGGGAGGCAUUCACAGACGCUGACAACUUUGGCAUCCAGUUUCCCAUGGAUCUGGAUGUGAGGAUGAAAGCUGUAAUGAUCGGCGCAUGUUUUCUCAUUGAUUUCAUGUUUUUUGAGACUACCAACUGAGACUAGGAGCCAAGCAGGAUUUCUACAUCACAUUCUUGGUGGAACAAGGCCACAAGCCAUGAUGAUCAGUCCCAAAAUACAGAUCGCUCAAACAACCUUCAAUAAAUAGAAUACAAAAAUGAGCCCAAAAGUUCUAACAUUGCAUGAACAAUGAAAUGUAGAAGGCUUGUUUUUGCUUCAGCUGCUCAGGUUUGUUUGUCAUGUUUCCGUGACUGUGUGGAUUCUGUUAUUAUUUUUAAUUUUUUUGAAUAGCAGUGAUUGUAUGGAUGUUGCUGUGUUUAUUUAUAGGGUGUAUUUACAUAAUGGUUACUGAUUACAUAUUGAGCCCAAGAGUUUUAAUAACUACUAUGAAAUAUUUGUUUACAGUAAGAAGACACUGGUUUAAGAUUUAGAAAAGGAAAAACAGCCAUGUUCUGUUAUACACUUUGAAAAAGUAUGCUAAUAGAAUUUUGUCCAUUCAGAUAUUUAACACACUUGUUGCCAAUUUUAGGUGGCGUGGUAAAGGAUUCAUGUAAUGUAGAAGUUUGGAAUUGUGAAAAGCAAACAAGCUUUGAGUGUGUGUUAAGUGCUACAUAUACUGUAAUGUUUUAAGGUUUUGCGGCAUCUAUAAUAUUAUUUACACAGUGGGUAUUUUAUUUUUUUAGGGAUGAACUGUAGCUUCCUAUGACAUGUCAGCAGUGACCAGGAGAGGGAGCUAGAUAAUUACUUAGUAGUGGUUCAUUUUUCCAAAUGAACAAUUUCAAAACUCACUAAUAGAAGUUGGUUAUCUAUUUGUUAUUUUUCCAUACUAAUCUGUAUUUUUGGACAAACUCAGGUUGAAAUGCAUGCUGUUGUACUGUAGUUCUGAUUACUGCUGAUUUUGAAAAUUACACACCUGCAUUUAAUUCUACAUAUAUCAAGGUGAUUUAUUUAUUUAUUUAUUUUUGUUUCCAUUCUGUGGAGCAUGCAUGGCAUGAUCUGUGUGUCCAUGUUCUUGCAGUUCCAUUGUGAUAGUUUUGCAGUUUAAAUAUUUGAAAGCAUACAAAGCCAAUAGGUUCUAUUAAAGCCACUGGCAGCUACUUGCUCUUUGAUCAAGUGAAAAUGUAACAAGGAAGACAUGGAUUAUGUUCUUAAUAAUGCCAGUAUUUUUAUAGUCAUGUUUAGGCGUUUUAUAAUUUUUUUUGUUUUGGCUUUUUUUUUUUUUUUACAAUCCCCAUCAAUUUGCAAACUUUGAAAAAAAAGACCCAUCUUAAGCCAUUUUGUCAUAUUUAAGUCCUAAAAUUCUGUAGACUUUUAUUUUUGUAAAGAAUACUGCCAGUUAGAGAAAUUGAUUAUACCUGUGUAAACCUAAGAUGUCCUCUGUCAACAGUGUUUUACUCUUGCCUUCAGUGAGCCGACACUUACUUGUAGAAUUACCAUAAGUGGAUUUAAUUCACCAGAUCUAUUUCCGUUAUUGAUUUCGAGACUUCAUGACUAGAUCUUGAGUUGGUUGUCUUUUUCUAAUUUAAUGGCAUACAUACUGUAUUACCAAGGUAAACCUGGUAAAAUAUCAUUUCCAGUGAUCUGAUCAUUUUUACAGCACAGUACAAGUUUGAGAUGCUCAGAUGCAUUUUGUUUGUGCAUAACCAUUGGUUUGGGACAGAAUGUGAUGCAGUGUAACUUUUAAACAGAUAAAGCCUGUAUUCUACCUUUGCACUAAUACUGUGAAUUAAUAAAAUGUUUAGUCCUUGCAAUGUAUUGAAACUGAGCUUGGCUUAAAUUGCGCGAAUAGUCUGUAAAACCACCUCAAUAAAAUUUGCAAAAUUGUUCAAUUGCAA